CAAAGAUUCAACUUGGUACAGUUCAACAGAGUUCAACACACUUCUGAUCCCUUUGACUUUUUCCCAGAGCGAAGGGGAUAAACAUUGUCUAGUAAUCCGAGGGCUCGAGAGCGUGACUCCAACUGAUCUUCAACGACUAUCAUGGUCGGCCCGGGUGUUCUGUAUCACUGCACAUGCACAAGUUUUCCCUCAACAUCAUCUGGGGUCUCCGGGACAACGCUAAUUCCCCCCUUUCCGCUGCAUCCCUCGUAUCCCUACGCGUUUCAUCCUCUACCUAAUUUAUAUUUCUGUGAAGAGUGCGACAAGAUACGAUGCAAUCGUUGCAUCACUGUGGAAGUCAGCGGAUACCACUGUCCUAACUGCUUAUUCGAAGUGCCUAGUGCCAGUGUUCGUGCAGAAAAGAAUCGUUGCGCGAGAAAUUGCUUCCAGUGCCCUCAAUGCAGCAAUACACUGUCUGUGGUAUCUUCGGACCCGCAACCCACCAGUGACUCGCGCGUACUGCCUGCUGUGAGCGUUGUUGGCGAACCUCCAUUUUUUCUUUAUUGCAACUACUGUCGCUGGGACUCCACAGAAGUUGGCAUAACUUUCGACAAACCCACAGGCUUAGCGCUGCAACUCCAGAAAACAGAGGACAGCUCGUACGACGCUAUUGAAUUUGAUCGCUUGAAAGAGCACUUCGAGCCUGUCAUGCGCAAUUCAGCGAAUUCUCAGCCUACGACCGGUGCGCACAGCCUGCAUCAAGGUUCCUCACGAACCUCUGCCUUAAGUGCGAUAAAUGCAGCCGCUUCUUCGGCUUUGGCACGCGAAAUACCUGGGCUACGCAAGAAGCGCGUAGAUUCAAAUACUUCCAAAGACGAAUACGGAGGGUUCUACAAGAGCCGCGCUGACUGUGUCUCCGGCCGGGAGGAGCACAUUGCAGAGGUGGACUGGCUCAGAAACUUGACUCAAGAAGAGUUUACACUGGGUGAAGUGGCAUCCCUCGAGCAGAGAUGGAUAAACAGCUGGACGCAAUCCCUGAAAUCGUCCGCGCUUCGACCGCUGCGCAUACCCUUACACUCAAAACAAACAAAGAGAUGUCCCAAAUGCCGGCACAUUCUGAUAAAGCCCGAACAAAAAUCGCAAAGCAUAAGAUUCAAGAUCAAACUAAUGGCAGCUAAUUAUGUACCUUCAAUUGACGUAAUGGUCAAGCAUCCCCCUCCUACCACUGCACCUAGUGCCAUGUCCCGGACCAUGGCGGCCAAAGCUAAGCAAGUGGCUGGGGGAGAUGACCCCAAUGCAGGACAACCUCUUCAACCAGGGAAAUCGUACGCCUUCCAACUGUCUCUAACGAACCCGCUGUAUGAACCUGUUCAAGCUCGUGUUACUGUCCAGAAACCACCGUCAAAGCAGGGCAAUAAACGAGCUCCUUUCACCAUAUCACUUCCCUCCAAUCCGUUCCCGAUCGGGGCUUUUGCGGAGGCAUGGGAAUAUGACGAUGAAGGGGAGGAUGUGGAAAUGAAUGAAGAUGAUAUUGAGGACUUGCUCGCUGGACGAGAGUCAAGUCCGGCUCCAGGUAGAGACGAUACAAAACGAGAGACAAACAAGGAAAGCAGCAAUGUGGGCUUUCUCGAAAGGAGAGCCAAUAUAACGAAAAUAGGAGGGGAGGUUAUUGUUGGCAAUGAGAGUUCUAAUCCUCUUCAGUUCAAUCUUCUGAUAUCAUAUACGUAUAGGGCGGAAGAGCAAUCGUCUUCAGUGGAAGUCUCAACGGCUGACGCUCCAUCGCGCUCAACAGGAGGCGAGACGAAAACGUUUUCGUUUUACAUUACUGUCAAUCUGGGCCCAGUAGCGACGGUAUCCUGAUGAUGUGAUGGGUCGCCCCGCCGCCCAUGACUGUUAGUUUCGUUGUACUCGCACUUAGUGUAGAGGGUUGUUGUUGUUGAACUCUUGUUUGUCGCGUGACGAUGCGACAGUGCGGCUACCCCUACUCUAAUCUACAUUGAGUUUACAUGUAGGAACGGAAUGAGAGACGGC